GACCAUUUUGUCCUGUCUUGUUCAGAGAAAGAGAGGGUGAUAUUUGGUCAGCAACAAGCCAACAACGGCAAUGGCAAUGGUAGGAGGCAAUCAGGUCCACAACGUGUUCGUGUAUGGAAGCCUUCUUGCUGAUGACGUUGUUCGUGCCCUCUUGAGCCGCAUCCCUCAAUCUUCUCCAGCCAUCCUCAACGGCCAUCACAGGUUUAGCAUAAAAGGGCGUGUCUACCCUGCAAUUCUACCUGUGGAGAACAAGGAAGUUACUGGAAAGGUUCUCCAGGGCAUCACUGAUCUGGAAUUGUAUAUUUUAGAUGAAUUUGAGGAUGUUGAAUAUGAAAGAGUCACUGUUGAUGUUUCUUUGAUGGAUUCAUCUAACAAGUCACAAGCAUUUGCUUAUGUUUGGUCAGACAAGAAUGAUCCCAACUUGUACGGGGAGUGGGAUUUUGAGGAAUGGAAGAGGACUCAGAUGUCGGAUUUCGCCAAGAUGUCUGCUGAAUUUAGGAAAGAUCUGGAGCUGCCCGAGUCGAAGACAAGAAUAGCCACUUACGAAUCCUACUAUCAGCAGGAUGGCAGCGACAGUCCCCUCGCCCCCUGAAAGCAGACAUUCUUUCUGAACAAUUAUUAAUGGCAUAGGCGUAGUACUAUGAUUUUAUGGUAAAUUGUUCAUAAAAGGCGAGUGGGGAUUUAUAAUCCCAGACGUGCAUUAUAAUGGAUGUUGGGAGCCAUUGCUGGACAAUAUAUAACCAAAAGAAUCAUUUGAUGUAAA